AUGCUCUCAUACCUAAAAGACUGCCUCAAUUAUCCUGAGAAACUGAUUGAAGAAAAUGUUCCUGAUAGUAUUUUGAAAUGUUUGACAUAUACUCAGGAUCCUGAUCAGUUUUCAUUAAUUGUUGACGCCGUCAAAGUACUCAUAUCAACUCCAAGUUUGCUUGAUAACUUGAUGUCUUGUGGAAUUUUACAAAGUCUUGGACAAAUACUGAAAAUGAAUGAUGAUGUCAGCAUCCUUCAUACAGCAAUUCAAUUGAUCCAAUUCAUGACUGAAAAUAAUACAAGUCUGCUAAAGCCAAUUGCAUCUCUUAAAUCUGGGCUGUUUUCUAUCCUAUGUGAAAUUGUCAAAGGUGUUUAUCAAAAUGAGAUAAGAACAUCUGUGUGUCACUUACUGGAAUCAUUUUGUCUGGCUGAUGAAAAGUGCACUGAAAAUUUAAUUCAAUUCCAAGUAUGUCCAAUUUGUCUACCAAAUGUUCUAGAAAUCCAGGAUCAUGAUUUUACAGAGGCUUACCUUUCUCUGUUGGUUCCUGUCUCCCUGCUGGACAGUGGUUUGGUUGCCAUUAAGAGAGAGAAACCCAUUGAAGAAAUUAUGAAAAUAGUAGCAGCAGCAACCUGUGAAAAGUGUGUUUACAAGUGUUUAGUUGCACUUAAGAGGCUUGCAGAUAAAAGCAGAAAGAAUAAAACAUUACUUUUGGAACUCAAUGCCAUUGCCAUUUUCUCCAGUUGCCAAAAUCUGUUGAAAAACACUGAAGUAGCAACAUUGUGCCAAGACUUACUUGAUGGCUUAUUGGUAAAAGUGAACCACAACCAAGACAACAAAAUUACAGUUCGCACUCUACAACAUCCAACAAUUGAAAACAACUUCCAAGUUUUUUGGUGCCAAAAUAAAUUCCGUCUUCUGUUGACUGUGAAAUUAAAUAAUUCAGAAUGGUCCGGUUGUAAAUUCCACAAAACAUCUGUUCAUUUUAGUUUUGUUCUGAAUGAUGGUGUCAAACAAACAGUGGAUUAUGAAUUGUUUGAUGAAGUAGUUGUAGAGAAAUGUGCAGUUUGUAUACAAAACAAUGAAAUCAUUCUUUCCUUUUGCAAAGCAGAAUUUGAAUAUUGGCCUCGUCUACUGCAGGACAAGUACAAGCCAACAAAUCUCCAUGUUGACUUUGACAAAAUAGUAGACAGUGAUGACUCGGGGUCUGAAGAGGUUGAGGCUGAUGAGGAGAAUCUGUUUACACUUCAAGUUGUUGUUAAGAAGCCCUUGAUCAAGUUGAAGAAGUUGUCAUCAUGUGAUGUGGAUGAGGAGGCUGAGAAAAAAGAUCCAUUACCAGUGGACUCUGCAAAAAGUGAUGAAGAUAGUCUAGAAAACAGUGACUUUGAAGAGUAUGAUCGUUUCAACAUAUUUAACACCAAAUACGCCUAA